ACCCCGUCGCCAUGGCAACCGAGCAAAUAACCCACGGCCGCGGCUCCCACCGCCGCCAAAAACCCGCUCAAACUCACACUUUAGUUCACACCUGGCCACGAACAAAGCGGUCCCACCUGCCCAGAAGCGUAUGCCCCCCCCGAAAACCCCCUUCAAAUGGCAAGUUAUUCGAGGAAAAGGCCGACAAAAGCGUGCAGGGAGGGCUGAGGCCUAGUCCACCUGCCCACACUCACUGCCACAAGGCGGGCUAACAACAAACACGUUCAUUAUUUUUUAAAGCGCAUAUUUAGGACUCUGGAGUCAGACUGACGUCGGUUCUGUGCGCUAUUGUGAAAAAAAAAACAACAACAAAUUUGUAAAAUCAUUUGCAGCGAGGGAGGGAGAGGGGAGAGGUCGAGGGUGAAGAGGUGGCGCCAUGUGCGGGGAUUAAAUGGGUUCAUGGCGGAAUCCCCGGGCCAAAGCGCGUUUGUUUUGACCAAAGUGGACGGUGUUGGCGUGGAUUCGGCGUUGGGCGGGGGUCGGGCUUGUGGAGGUUCGCUGCCAAGGCCCGCACAAGGGGCAGAGAGCCGCCUUGUAGCUUAGAGUCAAGUUAGUCCCCUGGCCCACACACACACACACAUACAUAUACACACACAUACACACACACAUACAUACAUACACACACACACAUACACAUACACACACACACACAUAUACACACACACACACACACACACACACACACAUACAUACACACACACAUACAUACACACACACACACACACAGAGUCUGUCUCUUCCCUUCCCUCCCCUCCCCAGGGCUCCUACAUGUUGCUCCCCUUUCUCCUUCAGCGGGGUCUCGGCUCAGAGUUGCUCUCCCUCCUUCCCUAGCCCCUCCACAACCCCCCUCCAUCUCCUGCCACAGCCAGCAAUGGGUUGAGUCCACACUGACCCCACCGACCUCUGCCUAAAGUGAGGGGAAGAAGAAAAAAAAGACUCGCCAAAAGAGUGAAGGGGAUCGAUUAUCAGCCAAGAAUGUCGAAAGAGAGCGUUACCGUGACGUCCCAGUCCCAAUCGCAGUCCCAAUCACAGUCCCAGAGCGCCUCGUCUUCCAGUGCCACUGGAUCCAGCUGCCUCUCCUCGGCAGGCAGCGCCACUGUCAUUUUGGAUUCAGCGCCUUCCCAGGAUCUCGCUCCCAUCCCCGAGGAGGAACCACCGAAGCCUUGGGGACGGCUCUGGGCCCUGGAAAGGGGCUUUUGGAAUCUGGAUUGCAUUCAUAAUGAAUAUUGGUUUGGGAGGGAUAAAUCCUGCCACUAUAGUUUUGAUCAUCCAAUGUUGAAGAAGAAGGAACAUUUCAAGUCCUACAGUAAGAAGCAUUUCAGGAUAGUCAGAGAGCAGGGCCCUGGAAAUUCAUUUGUAGUCUUCAUUGAAGAUCACAGUUCGAAUGGGACCUUCCUGAACGGGCAGAUAAUAGGAAAGGAUCGGAGAUUACCAUUGUACAAUAAUGCAGAAAUAGCAAUUAAUCAUGAAUUGCACAAAGUUUUUGUUUUCUCUGAUCUCAUGACGGAUGACCAGCUGAACUUACCGAAAGCGUUUCGAGAGAAAUACAUCAUCUCAAAAGCUCUUGGCUCCGGUGUGUGCGGGGAAGUUAAACUGGCGUUUGAAAAGGCAAACUGCAAGAAGGUGGCCGUGAAGAUCGUGUAUAAACCAAAAUUUGCGAAGCUUGUCACUGAGCGAGAUCCAUCUUCCAAAUGCAGUGCUUCAAAUGUUGCCACGGAAAUUGAAAUUCUAAAGAAAUUGGACCAUCCUUGCAUCAUCAGGAUUGAGGAGGUGUUUGAUUUUGACGACUCUUUCUACAUUGUGUUGGAUUUGAUGGAAGGUGGGGAGCUUUUUGAUCGAGUGGCUUGCUCAAAAGGACUGAAAGAACAAACGGCCAAGCUGCUGUUCUAUCAGAUGCUUCUCGCAGUCCAGUAUCUUCAUGACAACAAUAUCACGCACCGAGAUCUCAAACCUGAAAACGUGUUGCUCCAAAGCAACGAGGAGAACUGCCUUCUUAAGAUUACAGACUUUGGUCUGUCGAAGAUUGUAGGAGAAGCCUCACUGAUGAAGACUUUGUGCGGGACGCCCACCUAUCUAGCUCCAGAGGUGUUGUUGGGGGCUGGAGCAGGGUCCUAUUCUAAAGCAGUGGACUGCUGGAGCCUUGGUGUAAUACUCUUCAUUUGCUUGGCUGGGUAUCCACCUUUCAGUGACCAAAACAAGGAAAUGGCACUGAGGGAUCAAAUCAUUAAAGGCCACUACAGAUUCAUCCGUGACUACUGGGUGAAUGUCUCUGAAACGGCCAAGGACUUGGUGAAGAAGUUACUUAUUGUGGACCCAGUGAAAAGGCUCUCGACAGAAGAUGCACUUAAUCACCCGUGGAUGCAGGAUGAAGACAUGAAGAGAAAAGUGAAGCAGUUGAUGUAUCCACAAAGUGAAUUGAUGUUGCCACCUGGCGCAGGUGAACAGCCGUCAACCAGCAGAAAGAGAUCACAUGAAGAAGACUGGCCCUCAACUGCUAAACGGCCCACCUACCCUGCUCCGAACAACAAGGUGGCCCGCGAGUAGGUAAACGACAGUGGGUGCAGCAUACCGUUUACCUAGCGCUGGUGUAUGGGACCAAGCAACUGAUUCUGCACGACCGACUCUGGGGACGUCUCAAGUCCAUUUAAGUGAACUUUUUUUUCUUUUUCUUUUUUGCUUUGGAAAAUAUUGGUUUAUUGCAUCAAGUAUAAUAGAAAUCUAUACACAUAACAGUCAUGUUUGAGAUUAAAGUAUCUCCAGCUGGUUUCAUCACCAUGCUCUCUGGACCCUGUAAUGGAAGAUGAUAAAUUACAGGCCUAACCGAGAAGAAUGUUUUAUGUGCUAAAAAA